CAACUUUUGGGUAACAUAUCGAUUUCCAUCACAACUCGCAUCUCAUCCCCAACUCUGUCCAUUGCAGCCUCUCACGAUCAGCCCUGAACCAUGACCAUCGAUAUCUCCCAAGAGACCGCUGCCCCGCCGGCCAUCCCCGUGGCCAAACAGCCGGCCGAUGUUGCGGACGACUCGUCAUCUGCAACCUCAUUUGCGUCGCUGAAGGAUAGGAUCAAGUCGCAUUACGAUAUCUGUUCCAACUACUACCUGAGCUUGUGGGGUCAACAUAUCCACCAUGGAUACUGGACCCCGGAGACCGACAAUCUCACCAAAGAAAUCGCUCAGGUGCACCUCAUCGAGCUCCUCCUCUCCCGAGCCGGACACCAGUGCUCCCCGGACUACGCCCAACAGCUCGGUCUUCCUUCUCACCUUCAACCCGCUUCCAAAUCUACCAAUGAACAACCCCUCAAACUCCGAGUGCUGGACGUCGGUUGUGGGGUAGGCGGGACGACCCGUUAUCUGGCCGAACAACGCGGAUGGGACGUGACGGGCGUGACGAUCAGUUCUGAGCAGAUCAAGAUCGCUUACGAGCUUACCGACAAGCUGGUCGCCGGUACCAAUGGAUCUUCUACCACUCAAACUGUUGCUACCGGGCAAGAUCGAUCCGGCGAGAAGAUCUCCGUCGGGAAAGGUUCUGUCCAGUACAUCCAACUCGACGCCGAAAAGAUGGGGGAUCACUUUCCUCACGGCACCUUCGAUAUCGUCUGGAUCUCCGAAGCCCUCUCGCACCUCCCCAACAAGGACUUGUUUUUCCGCUCUUCUUCCCUCUUGCUCAAAAACCAAAACGACAACAACUCUACUGAAAAGGAAAAGGGCAAGCUCGUCAUCGCCGACUGGCUCAAAGCCCCCGAUCUUACCCAAAAGCAAUUCGACGAGGACAUCGACCCGAUCGAAGUGGGCAUGUUGUUGCCGCCCUUGGAUACCAUGGACGGCUACCUGAACAAGGCCGAACAGAACGGGUUGAGGGUCAGGGAGGGUGGAGAGGCGAUGGAUGUCAGCGCGAAUGUGAAGAGGACUUGGGACAUCUCCCUCUCCCUGAUCCAAUCCCCUUCCCUCUGGGCGUUUGCCUUCUCGCAAGGCAGGGAUGUCGUAGCGUUCUUGAGGGCUUUCCAGGCGAUGCGAAGGGGUUUCGGGAAUGGGAAUUUCAGGUAUGGAGUGGUUGUAUUCGAGAAGGAGGGUUAAGGGGCUGUGAGGAGCUGGGGAGAGGGCGGGCGGAUAUGGGUAUCGGGUUGAAGGGAAUCGCUGAGCUGAACGGAUAGAGGAGCGGGGCAAGGGCAGCAAUGCUGUACGAUGAAUGGACCGGGUCGGAUUCGGAGAAGCCGUCUUGGAGAGAGUAAUGGA